UUAACACACUGCAGUUUGCACAUUUUCUUAAGCUCUUUUGGGUGAAACAGUGCUCAGUUCUGGCCUGCAACUCCGGAUAUGAAUGUAACGCACAAUUCUUCGGUCAGCAAAGGCGAGAGAAAAAUUGAGAAGAGGCUAGCAGGUCUGUAUUUCCAGAGCAGCGCUGGAACCUCCCUCUUCCGGAGGCCGCAUCAUGCUGAGUCGCUGCUAGGAGCGGGAUCGAACUGAUUCGUUCUCUAAGUUUGCAUUUUCCCCCUUAAACGACUCGUGGUUUGGGGCUGAUCCUGGAGGGGGGCGAAUAUGCCUAAGACCAUUCGGCAACGCCUGGAAGAGACUUUGGAGGAUCUGACGGAAGACCAGCUCCGAAAGUUCAAGGCGAACCUCCAUGAAUUCCCAGUCAAACCGGGCUACGAUAAUAUCCCCAAAGGGCGGCUGCAGAAGGCGGACGCGUUGGAUCUGAGCGAACUCCUGCUCAACUUUUACACCGAGGAUUACGCCCUGGAGGUGGCAGCCGCGGUGCUGAGACACAGCAACUGCAAGCCCCAAGCUGAAAAACUUUUCUUACACAAGAAUCAGCCAUCUAGUUCUUGUCAUCAGCAUUUCAUUGACCAGUUCAGGGAGCAGCUGAUCCAGCGAACUACUACGGUGGAACCAGUGCUAGAUAGAUUGUAUGGUUCUCUCCUAAAUGAAGAACAAUACCAAACAAUCUGCUCACAGGAAACUAAUCCGGAGAAAAUGCGACAGCUCUAUAAGUUAGUGCCCGGCUGGAAUCGCUUUUGCAAAGACCAGCUAUACAAUGCACUGAAGGCCAUAAAUCCAUUCCUCGUCGAGGACCUGGAAGGGAGAUGAGGCAACAAGGGAGAUGGAAAAUAGAAUCAUUCCAGGAUACAGGAAAUCCAGCUCUAUGCUAUGUAACACCAACAGACAAAACCUUAACGUGUCUUUCCCAUGCAUCCACUUUGGUCCAAGUUGGAGAUAAAGAACUGGGAUCCUCCAUACAUUCAAAACCUAACCAGCAUGCUCAGUGGAAGAGGACUAAAAACUUCUCAAGGGUAGCAGAUCAUCUACUACUGGUCCAGAUAGAAAGAUACAGAAAGACUGGCAACCAAAUAUUAGAUCUCAUACUUAGGGUUAUCUGGGAGAGAAGGGAAGGUGGCUGUUUUAAACUUACAUCCUUAUAUUCCAUUGGCAACUGCUCUUAAUUAUAGAUCUAACUGAUAAGUCCAUACAUUUUGUCCAACUUUUCAUUCCUUUGGACUCUCUUAUUUUAUGAAUAUGAAAGUUCAGAUGUCCUUCCUGAGAUGUUUUACAUUUUUUUAACAACUUUUUCUUUGAAAUCAUAAGCACAGACUAAUUGGGAAUCCAUAUAUAGAUUCUGAUGUCUAAAAACAAAAAUUUAUUCCACUUUGCUUAAGUAUUUUACUGUGUGUUUCUCUUAGAAUAAAAAAGUAUUACUCACCAGUACUGGUGCAAAGUCUGGACAAAGCAGCUGCAAUUACAUCUUCCCUGGAUAUGUUCAGUACUGAAAUGGCUCUCCUGCAGGACCAACCAUCUUACAACUGGACUUUAAAGCCUCUUAGUUGUGAUAAAGGAAAAUUCCUGAUUACAUACAGAUAUUAUAGGAUGGAUUUAGCACUGACGUCGUAUUGAUUGCACUUGUUGAUGACCUUUGGCAGAGCCAGAAUGGAGAUGACACUACCAUCCUGGCCUCCAUGAUCUUUCAGUAGCUCUCCAUACCAUUGGUCAUGGCAUGGUCAUUCUGGAUCAGCUGCAGGGAGAGGGUUAUGAUGGUGUUAUAAUGGAGCUGGUUCCAGUCAGGUGGGAGAGGUUAAGCCGGACGUCCUUGACUUGCACAGUGCUUCAGGGCUUGAUGCUCUCGCCCCUCUUAUUUAACAUCUAUAUGAGGCUGUUGGGGGAGAUCCUUCAUUGGUUCAGAGUCAGAUAUUAUCAGUAUGCUGAUAAUACUCAGUUGUACAUCUCAACUCCUGAUCAACCAAGUGAUGCUGUCAAGUGCCUGAAGGCUAUUGUGUUUUGGAUGGGGAGGAACAGGGCCCAGGCUCAACCCUAGCAAGACUGAAUGGCUGUGUUUAGUCCUUGGUUCUGGGGACUUUCCAGUCUUGGUCCUGAAUGGGUUGCAAUCCCCUGGUUGGGAGUGGUGCACAAUCUGGGGGUCUUCCUGGACUCUUAGCUCAUUCUUGAAGAGUAGGGGGCAGCUGUGAGCAGGAAGGCCUUUGCACAGGUUCAUCUUGUGUGCCAGGUGCAUCUAUUCCUAGAUCAAAGACCUUCCUCGUGGUCACUCAUGCCUUGGUCACCUCACACAUGAACAAUUGCAAUGCACUCUAUAUGGGCUGUCCUUGAAGUCUACUCAGAAGCUACAGCUGGUCCAGAAUACAGUAGCAUGAGUAGCGAUGGGCAAGCCUCAUUAUGCCCAUAUAGCACCCAUGGUACAUGAGUUGCACUAGUUAACACUUCUGGAGGUAAUUCAAGAUGCUAGUUGUCAUUUAUAAAGCCCUACAUGGCAAAGAGCCUAGCUAUUUGAGGGAAUGCCUGCCUCCUCUAGGGUCUGCCCAUCCUGUGGCUUGCUUCAGGGCCCCGUCAAUCAAACAAUGUCAUUUAGCAGGACCCAGGAAGACUUUGCUGUUGCGAUACCUGCUUUUUGGAACAGCAUCCCCUCAGAGGUCCAAACAGUCUCUAAUUUGCCCAACUUCAAGCUAUUUUAAAAAUCUGGCUUUCCCCCAGACUUGGAUUAGGAUGUUUGAGUGGGCCUUUUUAAGUUGGAGGUGUGUGUGAUGUGAAAGAAUGGCAUGUUGAUCCCUUGGACGAUUGUCUUUUUACUGUACAUCAUGCUGUUUUGUAACUUCGUGAAGCCAGCCAGAGCCAUUUUGGAUAGCCUAGAAAUCCAGUAAAUAAAUAAAUCAUAAAUACUAGAUAACCAAGGGCCAAAGAUACAUUUCUGAAUUUAUUUCUUUUUGAUAAAUUCUUUUCUGGGCAUACAACUUAUGAAGUCUAUUUUCCACUAAGUCCUUAGUGUAAUUGUUCUUAUGCACUUUCUCUUGUUUUCAAAGCUUUUUGUGCUUCUGACCAUCUGUUCUUUUCUCCCCCAAUGCUAAUUUUUUUCUCAUUAUCUUUGACUGUUUUUCUUUCACAGCUCCUUCUCAUUCAGCACCAGCAUUUUCCUUUCUACUUGUAUCAAAACUUUCAUAUUAUUUCAGAAAGUUUUCCUUCAAAAACUCCUGUGUAGAGGAUUAGUGGAAGAAAAGUGGAAUACUAAUAAGAAACAAAUUGUCUAGUAUCUGGCAGCCAUUAUUAUUAAGCUUGACUGUAUAAAUGUCUUGUGGUAGACUGUGGCUAUUAUUUCCAGACCCCUCUGCUCUGUUUUCCAGCUGGUUUUACUUCAAAAGUUUCUUAUAUAUUAACUGAGCAACUUCUCCCACUGGCUUGAAAAAAUCAGAUGAAAAAUUACAACAAAAUCCCCUCAGGGAUUCACAUCCCUCAGCUGCUACCACAGAUGGGUCAGCUGCUCCAUCCUGUAAAACAUUUAUAUUUCCCCCAUUCAAAAUAGUGUAUUAAUGUAUCCUGCUUGGUCUUUUCAGGAGAAAAAUAUUUUUUUCUUUCUUCACUUGUUACAGGCAGGCAGGUGUUAUUCUGUUGUCACGAUGGAGUUUUCUUGAACUGAGUUCCCUGUUUCUCCUCAGUAAACUUGAAAGAGAAAUGUAUUUUCAAGGUGAAAGGUAACACUUUGAUUUCUGAGGUAAUUUGCUUUUUGUAUGAAUCCAUAAAGUAUCUCAGAGUCCGCAGAAACAGGGCUAACACUCUUUGCAGCAAUAUUCUCUGCUCCUUCUGAGACAUUAUAGUAUUUUUUAAAAAUUGUGUCUCCUUAUUUCACCAGUAUACCGCUAUCCCAGCCUUCUUACUCUGAGACUGGUUUGACUCAACUGACGGUUGUUUUAAGUAGGACACUUUGUUCCGUGCCCCCUGCAAGGGGUUUCCCAGUUUGGUGACAAGGGCUAUGAAAUACCAAACUGCACGGAAAUCAGAUUCUUCCUGCUGAAACAUAAUCAAAUGAGUAUCAUCGCACUCCUGUCCUCCAUGGACAUUUUUAGCCCCUUCUUAACACUCUAAAAUUGGUGAUAAUCACCAUGGGGGCAACUAAUUUCAUAUUUUGUCAUUUAAAGAAGUAUGUCUUUUUCUUGGUCAGAAACCUCCUUGAAUUUAACUUCAGUGGGUGGUCUCAGAUUCAAAUACUAUCAAGAAUCUAUGCUGGUCUGUGACCGAAAUAAAAUUGAUUGGCUAUCAAGAAUAAAUCAAUGUUUUCUGCUCCAUGAUUCGUUUUCUUUCUUUUGAAGCCAGACAGGCCCAGUGCUGUAGUUUUCUCUCCUAUAAGUUGCUAGUCCCUAAUCUUUUAGUUGCCCUUUUAUGCAUCCUUUCCAAUUGUACAAUCUUCUUUUUUAAGGUCCAGUAUCCAAAAUUAUAAUUAGCAUUACUAUCUGUGACUCCCCAGAUUUUUUCCUGGCCAAUCAUUGCCAGCUUAGACCUAUCAGGAUAUGGGAGGUUUGGAUUUUUUUUAUUCUAAUAACUAUCACUUGUUGUCAUUGAACUGAUUUCAAUUUUAAUGCUCAUUUGCCCAGCUUUGAGAUUCUAUUAUAGUCCAUUAGAAUUUCUCUCUGUUUUCCAAUGCAGUACUGAAUAUUUUAGGUGUUAAAAGGCAUGCUGAUGGGAAGUUCCAGAAGUUGACUACAGUACAUUUCUGGGAAUAGUGUGUCAAAUGCCUCUAUUCUCAACAGUGUACUAUAGUCAAGUUCUAGAAUAUGAAGAUUAUUGAAGGACCCUAAUUUUGGAGAAACCAUAUUUUCCAAUUUUGGCUAUGGGGUUUCCAAGUCUAAAAUGUAUAUUUUUAUGUAACUAGAAGAAAAAAGCCUAUUUCAGCAAGUCUUUCUUAUAUAGAAAAGAUAGAUUUGGAAAAGAAUGUCUGUGGAUGUUUCAUGGGGUAUUUUUGGAUUGUUUUAAAACAAAUAAAAAUGAAG